AUGCCGCUUUCAACAGGGAGCGAGACUCCUUAUGAGAACAAGCUCCGACCCGGCGAGAAACAAGCUUACAAUCGUAUCAUAAACCUCAAAGUGGCCGAGAUUCAAAAAAACGACCUCUUCAUAUGGAAGGAACUUGACAAGGAUAUGCAGGAAAGAGUGCAGAAUGAAGUCAUUCGUGAGCUUGAGGAAGAGAAGCUGCCCGAAGCUAAGCCGGGUGACGUCAAGGCGAGCAUGGCAAAAAGGUUGAGUAGACGGAAAUACGACGGCACGAAAGCGCGGUCAAGCGCCGCCACCGUAGCGCCGAGCCCAUCUUUACCUUAUGACCCAGUCUGGGACGCCGUUGCACAGCAGCAGAUCUUGCUUUCAAAUGCCCAGAAACGUGGGCCGAACCUUGAGGGCUAA